AUGGUGUCCAAACCUGUGGCCAACUCAAUGCUUUUGCUCAGGAUAGUUGCUCUUGCAGCCUCAGCGGUAACUGUGGCCUUAUUGGCUUCUAACAAGGUCAAAUUUGAUGAUGGCACAAAGCUAAGGUUUCAAGAUUUCAAUUCAUACAGGUAUGAGGUGGUGGUUGCAGCAAUUGCUGGUGCAUAUUGUUUGGUGCAGCUACCAUUUGCCAUGUAUUAUGCAGUACAACAGAAGAGGUUGAUACGCAGUGAAUUUUUGCCAGAAUUUGACUUCUAUGGAGACAAGGUAAUUAGUAUGGUUCUGGGAACAGGAGUUGGUGUUGGGUAUGCAGUAUCACUUGAAUUCAAGAAUUUCUUUGAUGAUUUAUUCAAUGCUGCGGGCACUUCAAAGAAAGACCCAACAAGAUCCACAUACGACAGUUUUUUCAUUCGUGGGAUCAUCGCUUCUUCUAUUCUCCUUGUUGCAUUCCUUUCUAUGGCCAUUGUUUCAAUCAUUUCCUCCAUUAAUCGAAGCCGAAGCAAAGGCAUCUUUAAAUGA